CUGUGUGGUAGUUUUGACGGCACGUCGAAUCGUUAGCGUUACUGUGUGAUAUUGUCAAUUAUCUGCCGCCAUUUUGUUUUCAUGUUAGCUUGGAUUGAUGAUUUUAGUUAUUUGUUCGUGCUAAUUGAUUUAUUUGUGACUGGAUUGUGCCUUAAAAUGUCGCAUUAUUUGUAAAAUCUAGUGUCAGAUAAUUUUUUCAGAGUUCUUAUUGGUAUCACUGGUAAACAUGAGCGUCAUCAUCAGACUUCAAAACCUGCCAUGGUCUGCUAAUGCCCUAGACAUUAGGAACUAUUUUCGGGGUCUAUCGAUCCCAGAGGGAGGUGUGCACAUCGUAGGAGGCGAGCUGGGCGAUGCUUUCAUCGCCUUCAGUACUGACGAGGAUGCACGCCAAGCGAUGAUGCUAGACGGAGGAAAAAUCAAGGAAAUCCAAGUAAAAUUACUUCUGAGCUCGCGCUCAGAAAUGCACAAAGUGAUUGAAGCUGCGCGACAAAGUGUGCCUUUAAUUACUCUCGCUGCACCAUCGCCAGUAGCGACACCCGCGCCUACGCCCACUCCAGCGCCACAACCAACUAUACCUGUUAUACCAACAAUUACCCCUUUUGCGACGGCUCUUAGUACCAGCUCACUCGGUUUUGGAAUACCAGGGCUGGGUAACCCGCAAGAAAUUCCACAACCCGCUGUGAUAGAACCCCCAACACCCUUACUCAGUCCGCCAUCUAAGUCUCCUGUCGAAGAAGAAAAGGAAGACGAAAGGAAGCGCAUUAAGGAAAAGGACAGGCGACGCUCACGAACGCGUUCCAAGUCCAGGGAUAGGGAUAGAAAGGACCGUAAAAGGGAUAGGAGAGACAGGUCCCGUUCGAGGGAGAGGCGGCGAAGGGACAGAAGUCGCAGCCGAGACAGGCGCGACCGUAAAAGAGAUCGAAAAGACCGCAGCCGAUCACGAGAUAGAUCACCUUCACGCCGGUCUCGUGACAAACGUAACGAUCGGAAAUCACCGCUUAACUCUCAAGAACGAUCGCUUGAUAACGACGCACCACCGCCGCCUCCUUUCAGUGGUGCUAAUUCAAAUGGCUCCCAAAUGCCGAUAAUGCAAUCAAACUUAAUGCCUAACGGCCCAGUCGGACAGUUGGACCAUGGUUCAAAUCGCUUUAGUGAUCCUUCUCUUGCAGAGGCUUAUAACAAAUUGCAAGAGUUGGGGCAGAAAAGGAACCCACAAGCGUUCCAAGGAGAACAGAAUGGAGGUCGUUUCCAGGGUGGACGAGGAGGUAACAAUAUGGCGCGCGGUGGAGGCUCAUUUCGUCGCGAUGGUCGUCCAUCGAGAUUUGAUGAACAACAGAGAGAUUGUUGCGUAGCAAUCAGAAAUGCUCCAAAUCAUACAAGCUACGGUGAUGUGCGCCGAUUCUUUCCAUUCAUAAUCGAUAAACAUGGUAUCAAAAUGAUAAAUGAUAACAUGGGUCGUCGCACAGGCAAUAUAUUUGUUAGAUUUUGCGAUCCACGUUCCAAACAACUUGCAUUACAGCGUAAGAGCAAUGAGUUGAAAGGAGCUCAAGUAGUUGUGGAAGCUUUAGAUGACAAUGAAUAUCAAUCUGCCGUGGAUUCGUUUUUGCCUUAUCGCCAAGACAAUGACGAUGAAGACGCAAGCCUAGUUAUAGCUGACGGAGAUGAUACCGACAAAACUUAUAAUGUGUUAAAAUUAACAGAUUUACCUAAUUUUGUGAAGGAACACGAUAUCAUGAAAGCGUUCAACGAAUUUUCUCUUCUAUCGAUUCAAAUAAUUGAUUGUCGAAUUACUAGAACUAAAAUUGCAUUUGUUCAAUUCGUAAAACAAGAUGAUGCUAAAAUAGCUUUUGAGCGCAAAGAUAACUAUAACUAUAUGUUUGGGAGACGACAGGCUACUAUAACACCAGUUUCGAAUGAAGAAUUUGAGAUGGCAAAGUUUGCGCAGGAUAAAUCAGAUUUAGUCAUCAAAGACAGACCGUCAAAUGAUACAAUGCAAGAAACAGUAGUGCCCAGAGACCCUCGCCAACGACGCCAACAAAUGGAUAACGGACCCAGUUCAGGCUCUACUCCGAUGCAAGGACCGGGCCCGCAACAAUUUGUCCCUAACCCUCAGUUUUCUCAAAACUUUGGUGGGACCUUCCAGAAUCAGCAAUUCGGGGCUUUUCCAGGUGCCGGUAAAUUAGAACCGAGAGCGGUCACUCCUAACAACUGGUCUAAUCGAAUGUCAUUCCCGAAACCGCCGGAUCAAGGAAUGCAGGCGAUGCCGAGUUCCAUGUCCAAACCUCAAGCGAUAUCCGUCGAUAUGGAGGACGAACCACUUGAUUGUGUACUCAUGAAGGGUUUGCCGCGGGAAGCCACCGACAGGACUAUUGUGACCUUCCUAGCCGACACCGGCGCGGUGCCCGCAAGAAUACACCUCAUGUUAGACGCCAAUGGUCUCCCUUCUGGCGAUUGCUUCUGCGAAUUCAGAUCAGCUCAAGAAGCGCGAAAGGCUAGAACUAAACACGGCCAGCUGUUAGAUGGAUGCCGCGUGACGGUAGAUUUAGUCAUGCGUAGUGUCGUAGAAGAGGCACUAGAGGGUCCGAAAGUAGAACCUCAACCCGGUAUUCUCGGGAACGCUCCCCCGACCUUCAUAAACGUGCCUCGCGGAGGUUUCAUGGCACGCGGUCAGUUCCGAGGUAGGGGCAUGUUUGACAGAGGGGGGUUCGAUAGGGGUGGCUUUAGAGGAGGGUUCGAUCCGAGUCGUGGGGGAUUCAGAGGCCGAGGACCUUGGAGUGACCGCGGGAUGCGGGGAUUCGAUCGCGGGCGGGGGCGGGGCUUCGGAAGAGGUAGGGGCGGCUUCGAUAACGUGCCUGCACCGACACGGAAUGAUGAAGAACAAGAUCCCGCAUUAGAAAACUUCGGAUCUCCUGGAUGCGUAGUAUCAAUGGAGAAUGUUCCAUUCAGAGCGACGGUCGACGAUAUUAUGUCGUUUUUCAACGAAUUCGAACUGACUCAAGACGAUAUCAUCAGGAGGUACAAUGAACGUGGGCAGCCUACGGGAGACGCGAGGGUCGCCUUUCGGACGCCCUUUGACGCUCAACGCGCUAUUAAAACGCGUAACUUGAACAGUAUCUUCGACCGCAGGAUCACUCUCACGCUCCUCUAGCGGAGCCAGUCUAGUGUAUAAACUUAAUUAUAAUGAUACGGACAUUUUGUGAGUUUACCCGAUGCGGUAUAUGUAAAAUUUAUCUAAGAGUAGUGUUAAUGUUGCUACUGUUAAUUAGCGUAAGACUAAAAUAGAUAUUAUGUAUUAUAUAAUGUUAAUAGUUUAAUUAAAUAAAACAAGAUUUUUGAUAAUUGAAA